GUAACGAUCGGUUUCACACACGCGCUUCAUACUUCUUUUUCAGUGUGCAAACUAUAAGUGUUUGAUAUUUUUAUAAGUUUAACCGAUGAUAGGCUUUUAAAGUAAAUAUUUAUUUUUAAUUUUUUUUAUAUGUUAUUGUUUCUCAGUUGAAUUAUACAUGUUCAAAUUCCAUUUAAAACAGGGUGAAAUUUUAUUUUGAAUGACAUACAAACCAAUUAGUAUACACACGAAUUCGCAUAACGACAGACAUGGAUGUAUCAACAUUUUUAGUAUUCAUCACGUGGCUCGUUUCUAUUCAGCAGUGUUUGACAAUAAAUUUAAACGCACUAUCAUAUCUCGGUGAACGUUAUCGCACAAAUCUUAUACAGUUUCGGGAAGACCCAUUGUUCGGUAAUAAACCGAUACUCGACGAAUAUGACUUUAUUGUGGUCGGAGCGGGGGCGUCGGGUGCUACGGUUGCCAGGAGGCUAGCUGAAGUACCGGAAUGGAAAAUAUUACUUCUCGAGGCGGGCAAACAAGAGUCGUUGGCCACUUCAGUUCCAGCUAUAGCCCAUUAUUUUCAAUUUACAGAUUACAACUGGGCUUUCAAAACCGAAGAGGAACCGAACGCCUGCCUUGGCGUCGUAAAUAAAAAAUGUUUAUGGCCACAAGGUAAAGGUCUCGGUGGUAGCACACUCAUCAACAACAAUAUAUACACUCGAGGCAACGUAAGGGAUUUCGACCGUUGGGCCGAAGCAGGCAAUCCUGGUUGGUCCUAUAAAGAUGUUUUACCGUACUUUUUAAAAAAUGAAGACGUCACUAUUCCAGAAUUAAAACGUUCUCCAUACCACGGCAUUGGUGGACCAAUGCCAAUAAGUUAUUCUCCCUUUAAAUCGAGACUAGUCGACGCGUUUCUAGAAUCCGCUCCACAAGUUGGGUUAAAUGUGGUGGACUACAACGACCCGAAUAGUCAUGUAGGCUUUUCAAGAAUCCAAGGUACGAUAAACUACGGUAGACGGGUCACGUCGGCCAAAGCGUAUCUGCGAACGAACCUGACAAACUUGCACAUCGUCGAAGGAGCUUUCGUCACAAAAAUACUGAUCGACCCAAAUACUAAAGUCACGUUGGGCGUGGAAUUCGAAAAAGAGAACAGAAGACGAAGAACCCUAGCCAGAAAAGAAGUGAUCUUGUCAGCGGGUGCUUUCAACACACCUAAACUCUUAAUGUUGUCGGGCAUUGGACCUAAAGAACAUCUCGAACCACUGGGUAUAAAGACAAUAAGCGAUCUGCGCGUCGGUGAUAACUUACAAGAGCAUCCUUCGUACGCUAAUUUAGCGUUUACCGUUAAUCAAACAGUGGGAUUAAUACCUGAACGUAUUUACAAGCAAUCGAUACGUGAGUUCUUUAAUUUUCUCGAUGGUAACGGGUGGCUCACGACUAUGGGCUGCGAAGGACUGGGAUAUGUGAAAACAAAAUACAACAAGGAUCCCGGGGAUGUACCAGAUAUUGAAUACAUUUUCAUUCCGAUGUCUCUGGCCGGUGAAGAAGGAUUGGGAAAUAGCUUAUUGAGAAGAAGCAUGGGAAUACCAGACAGCGUUCAUUACGAUUUGCAUAAAGGCCUAUUCAACAAAGACGGAUGGUCGAUAUGGACUAUGCUCAUGUACCCAGAGAGUAGAGGACAAGUUCGAUUAAGAAAUGCUAAUCCUAAUUCAAAACCCUUAAUAAGAGCUAACUUUUUCGAUAAUCCCAUUGAUGUACUGCGUAUCGUAGAAGGAAUAAAAAUGGUUAUAGAACUUAACAAAACACCAGCUUUUCAAAAACUAGGAUCUACUUUAAGUAUGCGAACAAUGCCGGGAUGUAGACACAUCAGUUAUGGUACAGAUAAGUACUGGGAAUGUUGUGUAAAAAGAAUAACUAUGCAGAUGCAUCAUCAGAGUGGUACUGCAAAGAUGGGACCGUCGUCUGACCGAAAUGCAGUGGUCAACCCACAACUUAUGGUUUAUGGUGUCUCUAAGUUAAGAGUUAUCGACUGUUCAAUCAUGCCGACGAUUACUGGUGGUCACACUGUAGCACCAGCCUAUAUGAUCGGGGAGAAAGGAGCUGACUUAGUCAAAUCGACUUGGCUAAGACCAAAACAAUUUUAAUUUAUAAUACAAUAAUAAGUAUUAUAAAUUUGUAAUUAAAUAAAAAGACUUAACUACUUAUAGGUUACCUAUCUUGAAAUCGAUUGUGUAAAGUUAUUAGUGUAUAUUAUUAUUUGCAAUCGAGUCAACUUUUAUUACCCGUUUUAUUAUAAUAAAAAACGUAGUGUAUAUUUUAUUU